GAGUGUAACGGAAAGAGAGAGAGAGAGAGAGAGAGAGAGAGAUCCAAGGACAGACGGCACUGAGGGGAGGGGAGAACACACAAUCUCUCAGUCACACCUACCCCACAGCCUCCUCACACGCUGCCUCUGUCAGAGACAGAUCUUGACAUUGUGAGGAAGAUGAGCGUCUACAUCAGGGGAGCAUCCAGGAAAGGACAAUAGCUCCUGAAGCUGCUGAGACAGAUACAUGCCAAGGACUACAAACACAGGAGAGAAAGACACAGAGAGAGAGAGAGAGAGAGAGAGAGAGUACAACAACAAGCCCAGAGGGAAGGACAGCAGCAUUUCAGAGAGGGCAAAACAGCUUGGAGGAGGCAACACUUGCAGGUUGUGUUGCCUUAAAAAGGAUCUAAACAGCAAUCCUUAUUAAAGCUGCCUUUUGGGGGGUUUCUCACGGAUAUCCACUGCUGCUGCUGCUGCUGCUGUUGUUGUUGUGAGGUUAUAGUCUCCGUGCUUCUGUGCACAGCACCAACCUGCUCUAUAGUCAGAGACCAUGAGCGAGGCGAAGAAAGGUGAGCUAGCCAUCCGGGAUAAAGCCAUCCUACACCAGCAGAGGCGUCUGAAGCAGGCCACUCAGUUCACACACAAGGACUCAGCUGACCUCCUGCCCCUGGAUGGACUCAAGAGACUGGGCACGUCCAAAGACUUGCAACCUCACAGCAUCGUCCAGCGCCGCCUGCUGGAGGGAAACAUCACACGGCUGCGAGGGGAGGCCCGCGACCCCAGCGGCAGGGUUCGAUCCCCGCUGGCCGACACCAAGGACGGACCCGCGGACGCCGAGGAGAAGAGCGAGAGCACGGCCGACGACUCCACGGAGGAGAGGGAGUCUCUGGAAGAAAGCGAGAGGAGCUUACGGUCGGACGAGGAGGACGACAGCAGCGAAGCCGGAGCCAGACAGACGACCGAGAAAACCGAGGGCACGGAGAGCUCGACCCUCCUCACAGCUCUGGUCGUUCAAUGCAAGUGCUGCGAGACUGAAGUCAAGGCAUCCAUCAACACUGGCAGCCAACACAACCACAUCUCCACCUCCUGCUGCCAGAGGCUCGGACUGGUGCCCAGUCAGGACAGUUCACCAUGUGGCGUGAGCGGCUCAGUGACGGGUCUGCAGCUGCAGCUGGGCAGACAGACGGUCCAGUGUUCGGCCUAUGUCAAAGAGGAUGAGGCGUUCGAGCUGUGCCUGGGUCUUCACACUCUGCUGGAACUUAAAUGCUGCCUGGACCUGAGCAGUCAGGUGCUCAAACUUCCGGGCUGCGGCGAGGAGCUGCCCUUCCUGAACCCUUCGACCGACAGCCAGUGCCAACACGACACUAACGAGAACCUGUGAGCCCCGACUUGGCGGCGGCGGCGACCACUUUCGGUGAAUCUCAACUGGUUGCAGAAACGUGGCGCGAUGCCGUUUGUGUCUGGACUGUCCGAUCACAGUGUCUCAACACUGCCAGAACAUGGAUGAGCAUUCGCCACCGUCGUUCUUGAGUUUACAUCAUCGUGUUUGUAGGAUUAAGACAUUCACUAUGAUUAUCUCUAUUAAAUUAGUCUAGUUCACAGAGUGGAUGAAAGCCAGUGAUCUCUGUGAGUCUGAUCAUUCUUUAUGAUUAUACUGUAUAUUCAAUUCCUCCGUUGAGCUGCUUGGGUACACUGAUGCUCUCUAAAAAGGGAAAAACCAUUAUAA